AUGGCAUCAACCUCAUCGAAAAAACCAGGGUCUUAUAAAACUUUGACAUUAGCUGAAAAAGUCGCUGUGAUCAAAGAAGUGGAAAAAGGAGUCAAGAAAAAAUCUGAAAUCGCGAAAGACUUUGGAAUUCCACCCAACACCUUAUCAACUUACUUAAAAAAUAAACAUAAAAUUCUCAGCAGUGCAGAGGAAUUUGAUAAAGACAGGAAACGAUCGCGAGAGCCAGGAAAUCCGGAUGUCGACAAUUGUGUGCUUAAAUGGUUCAAGCAGACCAGAGACAAGAAAGUUCCUGUGAGCGGUCCUUUGAUUAGAAUCAAGGCUGAGCAAUUUGCUAAAGAAUUAGGGAAGCAAAACUUUAAAGCUAGCACUGGGUGGCUGGAUGGUUUUAAGGAGCGCAAUAAAAUUUUGUUUAAGGCAGUGUGUGGUGAAAGUGGGGCGGUGAACCUGCAGGAAGCUAAUCAGUGGAAGAACGAUCUGGAAGAGAUGAUCCAGGACAGAGACCCGAGAAAUAUUUUUAACGUUGACGAAACCGGUCUUUUUUUCAAAUGCACGCCCGAUAAAACACUUGCAUUUAAGGACGAAAAGUGCCACGGGGGGAAAUUAAGCAAGGAGAGAAUCACGCUAUUGGUUGGUGCUAAUAUGGAUGGUUCGCAAAAGCUGCCUUUGUUGAUGAUUGGAAAAUCGGCCAAUCCUCGUUGCUUUAAAAAUGUCAAGUCUAAGCCAGUAGAAUAUGUAAGCAGUUCUAAGGCUUGGAUGACAAGUGACCUUUUUGCGAAGUGGCUAAUGAAGUUGGACAAACAGUUUGUUAAAGAAAAUCGACAGGUUCUCCUUUUCAUUGACAAUUGCACGGCACACAACACCAUACCUGUCAUGGAAAAUGUCAAAGUGGUUUUUUUCCCAGCCAACAUGACCUCUGUUGUCCAGCCCAUGGAUCAAGGGAUCAUAAAAAACUUGAAACACUUUUACAGGGGUUUGUUGGUCGAGAAUAUCCUGUCCGGGGAAGGAAACGCCCUCAAAAUAAAGCUGGACAUUUUAGAAGCAUCGCGAAUGUGCAAACAAGCGUGGGACAAAGUGAAGCCGGAAACAAUAAAAAACUGCUUCAAAAAGGCAGGUUUUGUUAAAACCGACGAAGAAAGCGCCGAAGAAACUGUAACGGACGAAACUCUACCAAUCGACGGCUGGGAGGAUGUGGCACCCAAUCAAACCAUCUUGUACGAGGACUUUCUUAAUGUAGACGAAAAUGUCGCUGUGUGCGGUGAAUUAACUGACGCCGACAUCGUAGCAGAAGUCCUCGACACCGAGGAACAAAAUGACGAUGGAUCGGGGGACGAGAUCGUCGGGUCACCGGCCGAUGAAGAAGAAACGCCAGUACCGAAUGCAGCCGACGCCAUGACCUACCUGAGAGAAAUUCGGCGAUUUGUGGAGAGCAGAAAUGAUGUCGGUGAUGUACAGUUUAAAUCAUUAGAUGUUUUAGAAUCAUUUAUCAUGGCCGAGAGAUUAAACUCAAAGAAACAAGCCAAAAUCUCUUCUUUUUUUGUAAAACAAUAA